GACCCCAUCAAUCAAAAGCCCAUUGCAUUGUAUUGCAUUACAGUACUAGUCGAAGAAGAAGAAGAGAAGCAAGCAGCUACUCUCUCUCCUUCACUCACUGAACUCUCCUACUCCUCCUCUUCGUCACAUCCUCACUCCCUAGAACCACAUAAAUAGGGCGGUGGUAUCACAAGCCAGCCGGCCAAGAUGACCACUGAAUUCCUCAGGGUGAAGAAGUUUCAUCAGGAGGGGAGCUUGAGGAAGAGGAUGGAGCUGCAGCCGGAGCUGUCGCUCGGGCCGACGUGUUCGGCGGCCGCGCCGGGUUUCGCCACGGCCAAGAGCUCGUCGUCCGAGUCGGACGGCAGCUCCCGGAAGAGGAGGAAGCACCACGCCUGGGAGGAGCCUCCCGUGUCGCACGCGAGCCUGGAGCUCCAGCUGAACGAUCCUCUGCCCCUGGACUGGGAGCAGUGCCUUGACCUCCAAUCUGGAAGGAUGUAUUACCUAAACAGGAAGACCCUGAAGAAGAGCUGGAUCAGGCCCAGGGAGCAGAGCGUGAACCUGGACCUCAACAUCUCGACGACCGCAGUCGACAGCAGCACCACCCGCGCUGGUGGCCCCGACGAGGACGAGCCAAAGAAGUCAGGCACCAUGAGAUCCGGCGGCAACAUGGUGGCCGUGCCGUGCGCCAACUGCCACCUCCUCGUCAUGUUCUGCAAGUCCUCCCCCUCCUGCCCCAACUGCAGGUUCGUGCAGCCGCUGGCGCCAGCGACGCCGCAGCCAGUGCCUCAUCGCAGGCUCGACGCAGUCAAGCCGCUGGAGACCCUGAGGCUUCUCCACUAGGCGCAUGCAUGUACGCCGCCACAUACUCAAUCGGCAGCCAGCGGAUGAUUGUAGGAAGAAACACUAGUAGUAGUGCAUGGGUUAGUACUUCUUAGUACCUGGGGAGGAGGGACUAUGUUAGUUGGCCGUGGUGCCUUGACAUAAAAUGGUAAGGUGAGUUGCAAGUAAAACUAUAUAAAUGUAUCAAUCAAUCAAUCAGUUAAUUAAUAGUAAUGGUGAUGUA